AGCCAUUUUGGAUCAGGGCAUUCUGCUUUGAGUCACUUGCCCAGGUUGUGACACCCAGACCUCCCAGAAGGCUAGCAUCAUGAUGGCUUUCAGGGCUGCCGCGUACAGGGGCGGUGCGGUUGGUGCCAGGCGAGUUGGAACGGCGGGGCGACCUGGCGUCGGGCUCGUCGUCCCGUCUGCCCGGGCGGAUGGGGGUGCGCAGAAAAAUUGGCAAUUGGCAUGCAGGGCUGCGGCCGCGGCAGGUGCUGCUGGGGUGCUCCUGUCCCAUCCCGGCAGGGACACGGUGCUGGCUGAGAGCGCGUCCGGGGGCGUGCCGCCGUUCACGAUGAGCCAGCCGAAGUUUGACCAGUCGACGUUCUACGGCCGCCUCAUGGCCAUGCUCGACGUCAUCGACCCGAAGCCGCUCUUCCUGUCAAGAGCGGACCUCCAGAAGUCUCAAGACAUCAUUGAGGCGUUCAAGAAGGAUCUCACGAAGCCCGCCGGUCUCUCGGAUGCUGAUAUGUGGGCUCACCGGAAGAAUGUCGAGGUGAGCAUCCAUCCCGUCACUGGGGAGGUCCUCUUCCCGUUGGGGCGGAUGUCGGCGUUCAUUCCCAUGAACGUGCCAUUGUGCGCCCUCAUGUUGAUGGCCUCAACGCCCAGCCAGGUCGUCUUCACACAGUGGCUCAACCAGACGUACAACGUGAUGAACAAUUAUGUCAACCGGUCUGGUGCUACUGUCGACUGGAGCGCGUUGCUUGGUUCGUAUGCGUUAGCAGUUACAGCGUCGUGCUCCAUUGCCAUGGGUGCCAAAAAAUUGAUCGCAGCCGUGCCUGCCCUUGAGGCGGCGGGCCCAUUUGUGCCCUACUUGGCAGUGAUCUCAGCGGGCAGCGCGAACGUGUCCUUUACCCGCUUCGAGGAGUGGAACGGUAAAGGCGUCUCGGUUGUCGACACAGAGGGCAAGGACCUGGGAUUGUCGAAAAAGGCUGGGCAGCAAAGCGUGCUUCAGACGGUCGUGUCGCGCUCCUGUUUCUUGCCGAUCGCACCCAUGGUGCUGCCAGUACUGGCCAUGAAGGCCUUGCCUGCUGCUCUGAAGGUGGGCGUCCUCGGGGCCGCAUCCGAGCUCGUGCUGAUCACGGCCUGCCUCGGCGGCAUGCUCCCGAUUGCUUUGGCCCUGCUGCCUCAGACUAUGGAGAUCGAUCCGAAGAGCUUGGAGCCAGAGUUCCACAACCUGAAGGACUCAAAGGGUCAGCCAGUGACAAAAGUGUUCGCCAACAAAGGCCUGUGAGGUGGCGCGUGCAGGAGCAGCCACAUGCGAGCUCAUCCUCAUCCCCAUCCUCCUUGCUUCGUUCCCCUUCGUCUCGGGAAGUGGCGAAUCAACCCUGCGCGCCACCGUGCGCGCACGAUUCCGGAUGCCUGCGGCGGCGCACGCGCCCUAGCGGUUCCAGAAUCGAGGCGCCGAUCCAUUUUUCGCACCGCAUGCCGCCUUAGAGAACCUCAACCUUCUCGUUCGUGGGGGCUCCCCUUCCUCGCCCUGCCUCCCUCGCUUCCUUCUGCGCACGCGUGCUGCCUGACAAGCGGCCUGCGCGCGGACGGACUCCUGGCGACCACGUCGGGUGUGGCCUCUUUGGGGAGGGCCUCGACGUGGAGCGGUGAGGAGGCGGGGAGUGGGAAGGUCGGCGGAGGGAGGCGUCCACGCCAGUCGUUUACCCAACAUCUUUCUCUCUCCGUUCCUCUUCCCCUUCCCUCGCAGGCCUCUUCCUUUGAUCGGUGCACUAAUGCUAGCGCGUGCUCCGUCAUGUCUCUGCGCUGGUUAUUCUGCCAAGUGUCUCAGGACUUGCUGCAGAUUUUGACCCCUUCACGCUGGUAACGAGCUCAUGCCUCGUAGUGCACUCGGAAUGCGCAAGCGUCGUUGGGUAGGUUCUGACGCCUCGUCUGGAAAGAUGGGAAAAUGGGCGGCAUGAUUGUUGAUGGAGCGCAGGGUUCCGACGCCAGUGGCGGCGAGUCGGGGCACCGCAGUCAAGUUUGUUGUGUUGCAUCGCAGUUCAUGUGAGGCUCUUCCAGCGCCGCCGAUUGUUGUACCUGCUACGUCGAGCGGUUAUGAUAUUCGUUCGCC